AUGCCUCGUCCCGCGCUUCAUAUCGGCCCGAAGAAGUUAGUCGAGUCCCCGGCGCCGAAUCUCGAACUCGGUUUAUACCGUACACAAUCAAGCGCCCUACACGAUCUCAAGUUUACUGGUGACCUUCAGCCAUGGCCGGGGUUUUUGAGCGCUGUGCAGACCACACACCAGAGCCAUACCUGGCGCAAUAAGGUCCUAGGCCUGACACUUCAGACACGAGACCCCUAUACUCACGGGAACGUCGAGGUUGGGGACGAAACUAGUGUCCAAGGCCGGUUCCACAAAUACUUCGGCGACGUGCUCAACUCUAUCUUCACAUCACAGUCAAAGGAAAUACGCUUUGCAGAUUUCAAGUGCGUACAGUCUUCCUUUGCCGGCACACCUGAUGUGAUCAUGAAAGAUGUCAAUCGCAUUUUAAAGGUCGUCGGGGAGCUCAAGGUACCGUGGGUUUACGAGCACUUCCUGUUCGAUAAGCUCAACAACAACCACCAGCUAAGGAACAUACUCGCUCAGCCAAUUAGGUACAUGCAGAGUUUGGGCUCUGUGUAUGGUUUCAUCAGUGACUACCACAAGACGAUCUUCCUAAGGCAGCUCGUUAAUAGCCAAGGCAUAUGGAGGAUCGAGUAUUCUCCGGUGGUUCAAUCGUCUACCACAUACGACAGGCGCGCAAAAAAUCCCCCUGUUGUCUCUAGCAGACAGUGUUUCUUUCACAUAGGGUGUGAAGCGUUGAAUCAGGGACCAGUCAACAACACUACACCACGAUGGGUUAUACGACGUUAG